GUACGAAUUAUGCAGCCAAAGUCAUGCACGGUAAACACGAGCUACGCCAGUAUAUGCAUAAUGAGCUAGACAUCAUGAAUGGAUUGAAUCACAGAAACUUAAUCAGACUUUAUGAUGCAUAUCAAACUGAUAGGUCUAUGGCACUGAUAACAGAACUAGCUGGUGGUGGUGAACUUGUUAGAGAUAAUUUAUUAAGAAAAGAACGAUACGGCGAAAGUGAAAUUGCAGGAUAUAUUAGACAAUUGCUUCUGGGGCUGCGUCACAUGCACGAUUCGAAUAUUGCUCAUCUUAGUCUUACAAUAGGUGACUUGUUAGUCGCGCAUGCAGGCGGUCGCGAUUUGAAGAUUUGUGACUUUGGUCUUGCUCGUCGUGUAAAUCGCAGCAACCUGUUCCCACUUGACUUUGGUAUGCCCGAGUAUGUCAGUCCUGAAACCGCCUUAGGACAAGGUGUGGGCUUGGCUUCAGAUAUGUGGUCUGUAGGCAUAAUCACCUGGUUACUAUUAGGCGGAAAAUCGCCAUUCUUGGGAAUGCAUGACGUUGAAACCUUAGAUAGAGUAAAAGAUGGUAAAUGGUCAUUCGCUAACGAUGAAGAAUGGUGGUCGCAUAUCAGCAGUGAAGGAAAAGAUUUCAUAAGCAAACUUUAG